ACACGUUGUGCUCCGUGAACAAUCUUAUCGUAUAUCGUGAAAUACGAGUGUCAUUAGGGUGACGUCACGUGGCCGUGGUCGGCUGACAAUAAUCAUGGCGACGUUAACGCUGCUCGCGAAGUUUAUGACAUUCCGCUUCGCUUACUCCAAAUUGAUUGAAUUGCCAUGGUCCAGAUGUAACACUUAUCCUUAUGGAAGAACUGCGAUGGCUUGCAUGUGUACUGAUCAGAAAUUUAUGUACGACCUACUUGUUAUUGGUGGUGGAUCAGGAGGUUUAGCAGCAGCCAAAGAAGCAGUAAAUUUAGGUGCAAAAGUUGCAGUUCUCGAUUUUGUUACACCAACUCCUCGAGGUACCACUUGGGGCUUAGGUGGUACUUGUGUAAAUGUUGGUUGUAUACCAAAGAAGUUGAUGCACCAAGCUGCAUUAUUAGGGGAAGCAAUUCACGAAGCAGCAGCUUAUGGUUGGCAAAUACCAGAUCCAGAAGCUAUUAAAAUUGAUUGGGUAGCAUUAAGAACAUCAGUACAAAAUCAUGUAAAAUCUGUAAAUUGGGUUACACGUGUAGAACUUAGAACAAAAAAAAUCGAAUACAUCAACGCACUUGGUUAUUUUAAAGAUGCACAUACAAUAUGUGGAAAAAUGAAGAAUGGAGAAGAAAAACUGUAUACAGCAAAGAAUAUUUUAAUUGCAGUAGGUGGUAGACCAAGAUAUCCUGAUAUUCCUGGUGCUUUGAAAUAUGGUAUAACCAGUGAUGAUAUUUUUAGUUUAGAAAAAGCUCCAGGAAAGACUCUUGUUGUUGGUGCUGGAUAUAUUGGUUUAGAAUGUGCUGGGUUCUUAAAUGGUUUAGGUUAUGAUGCAACAAUAAUGGUACGCUCAAUUGUAUUACGAGGAUUUGAUCAGCAAAUGGCAAAUACUGUUGCUGAGGAAAUGACAAGGCGUGGUGUUCACUUUAUUUAUGAAGCAAAGCCAUCGAGAAUUGAAAAACAAAGUGAUGAGCGGCUGCUUGUACAUUGGGUUGAUAAAGAUGGGACAACACAUCAAGAUAUUUUUGACACUGUUCUUUUCGCUAUUGGUCGCAAACCGCUUACAGAAGAACUGAAACCAGAGAAUAUCGGUCUCAAACUUAUUCCUGAUACAGCAAAAAUAGACGCAAUAGAUGAACAAACGAAUGUUCCAAAUGUAUAUGCUGUUGGUGAUGUGCUUCAUAAAAAACCAGAAUUAACUCCUGUUGCUAUACUCGCGGGUCGAUUAUUAGCAAGAAGGUUAUUUGGAAACUCAACAGAACAAAUGGAUUACAUUAAUGUAGCGACAACAGUAUUUAGUCCUCUAGAAUAUGGUUGUGUUGGUCUCAGCGAAGAAGCAGCAAUUGCUAUUCACGGAGAAGAAAAAAUAGAAAUUUAUCAUGCAUAUUACAAACCAACGGAAUUUUUCGUACCACAAAAGGAUGUUUCUAAUUGCUAUUUGAAAGUUGUUGCUUUUAGAAAUGGUGAUCAAAGAGUGCUUGGUAUGCAUUUCAUUGGUCCUAAUGCCGGUGAAGUGAUUCAAGGUUUUGCUGCUGCUAUGAAAUGUAAUUUGACAUUCCCAAAAUUAAAAGAAACAGUUGGAAUUCAUCCAACAGUGGCAGAAGAGUUUACACGUGUAUCAGUAACUAAACGUUCUGGACUUGACCCUAAGCCGCAGAGUUGUUGUAGUUAAAAAUGUGUAAUACUAGACUUGUUGCAUUGCUGAUAUUUGUGAAUAUUUUUAAGUAUGAUUAACGAUAAACGUUACUCAUACUUACUGUACCGACUACUUGCUCCGGAUUUAAUUUUUUAAGUAAAGCUC